UCAGAUGCGGUGCAGUCCAGCCCUGGUUCCCAGCAAGACUCAUCCAUGCUUCCUCAGGGAACCAGUCCCCCCCCCCCCCCGUUCUACAAAUUCUGUAACAGAACAAUGUAUUUGUUUUGUAGGAUUUCCUAGAGCUUUUCAUUACGACAGACAGAAUUUGUCUAAAGACCAAAGGGUUCCUUCCGAUCUCUCAGAGGCUUCCUGAGAGCACAAAUGGAAGCGCAAGAUUCAGCUGGCCCCGAAGCAGGAAGAGGCCAUGCCAGCCAAACUGGGAGCAGUGGGGGAUUCUGGGAAAACUCUGUGCAGAAGAUCCUGGGUGAGGAGGACACUCUAUGCUCAGAGGUGCAGAGCCAGCAGUUGAGGCAGUUCUGCUGCCAGGAGGCCAAAGGACCCCGAGAGGUUUGCAGUCGACUCUGCCACUUUUGCCACCAGUGGCUGAAGCCGGAAAGGCACACGAAAGCUGAGAUGCUGGACCUGGUGAUCUUGGAGCAGUUCCUGGCUGUCCUUCCCCUGGAGAUGGAGAGCUGGGUGAGGGAAUGCGGAGCGGAGACCAGUUCCCAGGCGGUGGCCCUGGCCGAAGGUUUCCUCCUGAGUCAGGCAGAGGAGAGAAAGCAGGGAAAGGAUCUCUUUGCAGAAAUGGACCUGGAUUCCUGUGAGGCAGAGAGGCCUCCGUUGGACACCAGAGAGAGGCCACUGGGUGACAGAAUGAUGCCAGCAAGACCUCCUGAUCCGUCUUUUCAUGGGGGCAGAAGGGAAGCAGCGGCUGUGGAACCAGAUCAGGGUCCAGUGUGCUUUGAAGAUGUUGCUGUUCGUUUCACGGACGAGGAGUGGGCGUUGCUGGAUCCUGACCAGAGAGCUCUGCAUAAGGAUGUCAUGGAGGAGAAUCGUGGGAUCGUGGCCUCUCUUGGUAAGGCUCCCUGUGGGAUCGUCAUAUCUGCCUGGAAAUUCAAAAAAUACCUCAAUGUGACCAACCUCAUCUAUUUUCACAGAGCUCAACAGCACCCCCUAUAACACCUGGGAACCUAACACUCCCACAAUAAAGAGUAAAUUACAGUUUUUUCUUUGAACAAUCUUCCUCAAAUUAUUCCUUUUUCUACCAGGAUUGGGCUGGUCUGAACUUCUGAGGCAAUCUUAAAUGUCAGCUUCAGAAUUGUUAGGAAAGAUAAGUAGCUUCAGGUUUUUGUUUUUGCUCCUGUCAGUCUUGGGUUGACCAAAGAGAUGACGGACAUUGGAGAUGGAGGGGAUGCCAUGACUGGGCCAAACAAAAUCCAUCCCAGAGAAGAGCUAGGCUUAUGGAAUCUCAGGUAGUAGUAGCAGUGAUGAGGAUGAUGAUGAUGAUAGUAAUAGUAAUACAGUGGUUCCUCGGUUUACAAACUUAAUCUUUUCCGGAACAGGACAGUUCUUAAAUCGAGGUACCACUGUAGUAAUAAUAAUAAUAAUUUUUAUUUCUACCUCCCAUCUGGCUGCGUUGCCCCAGCCACUCUGGGCGGCUUCCAACACAUAUAUCAUCAUGAAACAUAAAUAAUAAUAAUCUGAUUCCAUAUAAAAAGAACAUUAAUUUUAAAAUGAACAACUUAUACUAGUGGCCGAAAUUGUGGAAACCUUUUGUGAAAAGUGUAUUUCUGAGGUUUGAUGGCUCCUAACACCACUUUUGUGUGGAGUAAUGCCAUAAAAUUAUAUCGCAAUGGAAAGAUAAUUUAAUGAAGAAUGUAAUGUAAUGACUUUUAUGAAGGAGUAUUUAUUAGAACAGCAGUCAUAAAGAAAAAACGUGAAACCUUUGGUAACCAUUGGUAACCUUUAGCUUUCAUUACGGCCUUACAACACCUUCCCAUGAAGUGAACCAAGUUUUUAGUUCUGCAGCUGUAAGAAUGCCAAACCAAAACUGAAUUAUUGCCUCUGUUAAUUGGGCCUUAUUGCUGGGUUGCCUCUGAUUAACAAGUUUCUUUAGUCGGCUGCAUAGAUUUCCAAUUGGAUUAAAGUUUUGGCUAUUCUCAGGCGAUUCCGGGAGUGGAAUGGGAUCAUCUUGAAAGCACCGUUUGCACACAGCAGCAACAGGACAUGGAGCUGAGUCCUGUUGAAAUAAAUAAAUAAAUAUGCUUCAGUAUCUGGGAAAAGAUCACCUGCGGAACGCUUCAGUUUGGGCUCAAGCAUUUCGUUUAUGUAUUUGGGGUGCGUUUAAAGUUAAAGGGACCCCUGACUGCUAAGUCCAGUGGCGAACGACUCUUGGGUUGUGGCACUCAUCUUGCUUUAUUGGCCAAGGGAGCCGGCAUACAGCUUCCAGGUCAUGUGGUCAGCAUGACCAAUCCUCUUCUGGCGAAGCAGAGCAGCGCACGGAAAUGCCGUUUAAAACCAACCAACUUGUUAGCAAUCAACCAACCAACUUGUUAGCAAUCACGUAACACACUGACAAAAGUCAACCUAAGCAUGUUGUGCUUCCUUUUUCUGCUUAUUUGGCUAUAAUGUUUGAAAGAAUACAGAUAAUUGAACAAACUUUCUUGGAUUGCAUUCUUGAUUAAAUUAUCUUCCCACUGAUAUAUAACUUUAUAAUAUUACUCCAAAAGAAGUGGGGUUAUGAGCCAUCAAACCUCUGAAAUACACUUUUCCCCCAAAAGGCUUCCACAGUUUUGGCCACUGUUGUUGUUGUUUAAUCUCUUAGCCAUGUCCGACUCUUCGUGAUCCCAGGGACCAGAGCACGCCAGGCACUUCUGUCUUCCACUGUCUCCCGCAGUUUGCUCAAACUCAUGCUCGUAGCUUCAAGAACACUGUCCAACCAUCUCAUCCUCUGUCAUCCCCUUCUCCUUGUGCCCUCCAUCUUUCCCAACAUCAGGGUCUUUUCCAGGGAGUCUUCUCUUCUCAUG